AUGUCUACCUCGGAAGCAAAGGAGGAGAAAAAGAAGAGAUGCACAGUAAUGCUACGGCCCAGUUUGCUCCGGUCGUUCAGCAGACCAACUUCCAUUCAGGUCAACAAGACGGCGGAUCCAACACCGGGACAAGCUGAUUGGGUGUUUGAUGAGGAAAACAGUGAGGUGAUGGCCCAGUCUCGACACCAGGCUGAUAAUGGAACAGAGCAGACCAACAAGUUCAUGUUGGAUGAACUGUUUGCAGGAUCAGCAUCAGACCAGACCACAUUCACUGAGAGCUCCACUCUGCCUAUUUCAAGGUCACCAUUGGCUAGCAGUGGAACAUCCAGCCAGCCAAAGAAAGAGUUUGUGAACGAGGAAAUAGAGGAGACGUUUUCCAAAUAUGACCUACCCAUCAGUUUUCAAGAGGAAAAGCUGAAAAAAGACUUGGUGAAAGAACCAGUGACUCAAGCUAUGCUAAAAGAGAUUUUGAUCACUGAUACAGACUGUGUUUCUCUGCUGGACAUACCCCCCAACGUUGUCUCUGUGAAUUCUGAUGGUGCAGAUAUCAUAACAGAGAGAAAUAAACAGUAUGCUGAAGCUUGCGGGAAGAGAUUUAAAAUUGACAACUAUGUGGAUCGGGCUAUGCAGACGCUGAAAAGGGCUGCUAAAAACAAAUGUACGCAGAUGGACCUCAUGCUGAAGACCGAUGCAGCUGUAGACAUGCAUGAAUAUCCAGAGCAGGAAGUGAUGAUUGGAAGCCUGGAGGAAAAACAGACCAGCUAUUCUGAGGCUGGUGAGGAAUUUAGCAGAAGUGCUGAGAGGAGUAUGUCCUUGAACACUUCAGCUAGAACAGACGUGGAAGCUGUUGGAACCAGUUCAAACACCAAGUUGGACUGGGAGCUCAUCAAGACAUCAGAGAAGUUCCAUUACCUUUUGGUUAUAACGGAGAGAAUCAUUUUAAGGAGCAUCUUCCAUUGUCCUCUGGCUGCAUACAGAGGAUUGCCUUUACUGGGAGAUCCCGACAGACCAGUAAAACCUGAGGAAAUGGACCAGAGUAAACGUUGUACAGAGAUCUCCUGCUCUCCAGCUCUGGAAUGUCUUUGGGUCUUCAGUUGUGAGCUCACAAGAGGGCGCACUGUCAGUUGCAUGGCCUGGGACAAAAAUAAUCCGGACCUUCUUGCUGUAGGUUACAGUGAGACCGACUCCAUGAACGAGAAACCAGGUCUGGUGUGCUGCUGGUGCAUUAUAAACCCCACGUGGCCUGAGCGUAUAAUUUACUGCGAUGGUGCCAUUACUACUUUGGAUUUCUCAGCCAACCACCCUGGUCGGCUGGCUGUGGGGAUGAGUGACGGCGUCAUUGCCAUCUAUAACCUGCAGACUGCGGAUAUCAAGGCACCAACCUUCAGCAGCCGGGAAAGUCUCAAAAGACACCAUGGGCCAGUCAGGCUACUCAGGUGGAACCUGCAAGAACAGAGCUUCACUGAAAAGGAGAGGGUUGAGGAUCUAUUCUCUCUGGGUGAAGACGGCAGGACCUGCAAGUGGUUUGUCGUUAAUGGUUGCCUGGAAUGCACAGACAUGAUGGAGCUCGACAGGAUUAACACCCCGGACAUGGAUAAACAGAACCAACCAGAGACAGAAGAAGGAUAUCUGCAGCCUAUGUUCAUCUCUGGUCUCUACUUUGACUUUCAUCCAACUGACGCCAACAUCUACUUGACUUGUACCUGGGAGGGAAACAUCCAAAAGCGUUCCUGCUCCCGAAGUUAUGACCUUCUGGAAACUUACAGCAAACAUUCUGGUCCUGCGAACUGCGUGACAUGGUGUCCUUUCCACCCAGAUGUGUUCCUAAGCUGCUCUUCAGACUCCACCAUUAGACUCUGGAAGCAGGACUGCAAGAGUCCCAUGUUAAGCUUCACCUCCAACCACAGGGCAGUUCAUGAAGUCAGGUGGUCUCCGAGGCAGGCUGCGGUAUUUGGUGCUGUUAACGACAGCCAGCUUGAGAUCUGGGACCUUAACACCAACUUUUUGAACCCAGUUAUUGUGCAGCGUGCUGCCCCUGGACUGAAGAUGACGUCUCUCCUGUUUGCAUCACGCUCAGACUGCGUCAUGGUGGGAGACAGCUGUGGCCAGGUCACUGUGUAUAAGCUGCAGAACAUCUUUACUGGAGAAAGCAGUCAGGGGGAAGUUCUGGACGCCCUCUGCUCUGCAGCUUCCAAAGAACCUCGAGAACUGAAGGGCCUCAUUUUCCCAAAUUCCAUAGAGACACUCUCACUUUAUAUGUUUAACUUAUAUGUUUAACUUUUAUUCUUUAUUUAAGGAUCAAUCUGCAUCAUCUUUAGUAUCAAACUGUACAUCAGAAAAGAAUAAGACACAAACUUCUAUUGAAAUAAUCCAUUCUGUAAACAGCACCAGCAAAGGUCAAAGUUAAUCUUUGAUCUAAAUCCAAAUUACAGCUCAGAAACUAAAAGGGUAAUUUGCAUAAGAUUAAAGGGUAGUUACAAGAAGCAGAAUAGAAAAACAAAGAAUAUUACAACAAAGUCACUCAUCAAAGAUUGAAAAACAUUUCAAGAUGCUAAAAUUAUUUUGAAAGAGAGACAUGUCCACAGAAAUGUAGAUGAUGAUAUAAUGAGUUGUUUCUAUUCGCUGAUUUGCAGUUUUCUCAUUUACAUAUUGUGUGCAAUGCAAUAUAUACUGUGUGUUUUCAAGUGUUUCAAGUUUGUUUUGAACUUAUCAAAGGCUUAAAAAAUAAAGUGCAUGGGUUUGAUGGGAGACUUCUUUGUAUUUUUUAUGUUCCUUCAGACUUUAUUUUAUUAAAUGUUGAUUAAAACUACUGUAUCAUUUUGGC